AUGUCCAAUGAUUACUCCUUAUUUGAUGACUUAGAACAGGAUAAUAACCCAUCUUUAUAUGGCAAUGCAUCUAUAUUGACAAAUCCUUACAACACAACCACAAACAACAGCAAUAACGAAAGCAGUAAUAACAGUAACAAUCAAGGAGAGAUCAGCACACACAGUGAUGUAGCAACAACAACAACAACACACCCUGCUGCUACUGCCACUGCUACUACUAAUGGGGAAAACAAGCAGAAGAAAAAGAAGAAGAAGAGGACGAUGACAGAAAAACAACAGCAACAGCAGCUGCCACAGCUGCCACGAAAACAACAACUGCACUCCCUGCAACAGCAACAGCAACAGCAGCAGCAACAGCAACAGCUCUCACCUGUAUCCAACGCACUUAGUGACAAUGACGAGUACCCCACUGAACUAGUAAACAGUACAUUGGGUCUAUCUAAUCAAAUCACUCAACUCCUUGAAGCAUCAGACUUGACUAUCGACGUCAUCAACUCAGAACGUUUAAUCAACUCAUCCACCAUAGUAUACUCAAUUCAACUACAAUCUCAAAUCCUACAAAGCAAAAUUGUUGUUAAACGAAGAUAUAGUGAAUUCAAAUCUCUACGUGACAAUCUAGUCAAAUUGUUCCCCACGUUGAUUAUACCACCGAUUCCAGAAAAACAUUCCAUAAUCAGCAUUUUACUCAACUCCAUCAAUUUAAAUAGUGAAUCAAGUAUAAUUGAAAUGAGAAGACGAUAUUUCAAGUUGUUUUUAACUGACUUGGUGUUUGAUUCCGACCCCAAAUUGAAAAAUUGUCCACUUUUGCAUAAAUUUCUUGAUCCAAAUUAUGAAUUGUGUUGGUACAAUGCAUUAAAUGAACCACCAGUUAGUUAUUUACCAAACAACUUAUUAUUGGCAAACCCAGUCAACCCUGCUGACCAAAAUGGAUUGUAUUCUAUCAUGCCAAUUGUUAAUGGAUUUGAUAUUACCUCAAAUAGUGAUAAUUUAUCAAAUUUGAAAAAAAUUAAUGAUGAUUUGGAAAAAUUGAAUGAUUCAAUUAAAUUGUUUGAAUUGAGCGGGACAAGAAUUACAAAUACCGGCUCAGACACCGAAAAUACUGGUGAUUUCAAUAAUGAUUUGAAAUUUACCAUCCCUGAGGAACUCGUUGCAUUUGAAGCCAAAUUCCACAAGAUUAUAUCCAGUUUAUCCUUUCUUAACAAAUUGGAUAUCAAGACAACUAAAGAUUACAAAAGCUUGAUCAAUGUAUUGAUUGACUUGGGUGGUAAUUUAAACAACUUUUCAUUGCAAAUUUAUCAUCAAAAACCCCAUCAUAUAAGACAGCGACAACAACAGCAACAGCAACAACAACAACAAUACGACCAAUCUGGAGAGUCUAGUUUUUACACAGAUAUUACUGUAUCCACCACAAACUCCCUUUCAGAAGCAAUUGAGAAGUUUGGAUCAACAAUGGAUCAAGUUUUCCUAAAUUUUGAAAACUUUGUCUUGAAUCAAUUGAUACCCCAAUGGCAAGAACCAAUACAUCAACUAAUCCAAUACAACCAAGCAGCUCUAAAUUUGAUCAAAUUUUAUAAAUACAAGAUUAUCCAAUUUAAGAUUUUGUACAAGUUGAAAUUCAACAAAUUCCAACAAUUGAUCAACAUCAGCAGCUUUGGCGGGGGCAGCCUUGGCGGAGGAACCACCACAAGAGAUAAUGCACCCCCAUCCCAUGGCAAACCAAGUUUUGCCAAAUCUCAUCCACAUGAAGAAGAAGAUGCUGUGGUCAUCAACUCACUUGACCAUUUAAAAGAAUUGAAUAGUCCAACAUUAAACAAUGCGUUGAAGAAUAUAUCGAUGAAGAAGGUUCAAAAGAAAGCGUCUUGGUAUGGCUUGUUUGGAGGGAAUAACCAAACGAAAAAGUUUAAUUUUCAAUUGCCCGUUGAUGAAUCCAAUGGAGAAGGAAGUGCAACAACAGCAGCGUCAACAUCAACAUCUACCCCGGCAUCUUCAAAUGCAGUCGCAUCACCGGCAAUGCAAACCACGAUACCUUCACACACCUCCUCCAUCAAAUUCAAAAUCCAACAUCUCGAAAAAGAAUUGGACAAAAUCAAUCAAUUGAUUCAAUUGUGCAACAAGGAUGUACAAAACUUGACCCAGGCAUUGAUGACCACAUUCAUUGAUUUCAUCAAGAAAUUGGAACGCAAAUGGCUAAUCAUCAUGAUCAACUAUAUACGUAAUGGGAAAGCCCUUUUUGAAGAGAACUUAACCACUUGGCAAAAUUUCAAAACUUCACUUGAUGAGGACGACCAUGGUAAUGUUGUCAAUAAUGAGAAUCUAUUAGGUGGCAUUUUGGGUGAGAAUGACACUGCAGAGACUGAAGGAGAUAACAAUGAUAAGCUUAAGGAUAGUAACGAGGAUGACGAGUAUAUUAUAUAG